GCUUUUAUCCUAUGUGUCAGUUGUAAAUCCGACUCCGACCACACGAAAUAAUGUCAUUAAAAGCACAAAGGUUGUUUUCAUUAUUUAUUUUUACAUCAUUGGCACAAAAUGUGUUUGGUGCGAAUAUCUUAGCCAUUAAUACACUUCUUUCCCCGAGCCAUCACCUUUUCAAUGAUGUUUAUUUAUUUGAAUUGGCGAAGAGGGGACACAAUGUUACACUGUUGGGACACGAUAAGGACAAACAUAAUCAUCCCAACUACACAUACAUUGUCAUGGAAGGAGCUUAUGAGAAAGUAAGAGAUCAGUUUGAUUUAAUGGCAAUGAAAGAUAUGUCCGAUUGGGAAACAAUUAAAAAUUUGUGGUCAUUUGCCGAAGUAACGUGUCUUCUAGACCAAAAAACAAAGGGUUUACGACAAAUAACUAAUUAUCCAAACGAUUUCAAAUUUGAUUUGAUUAUUGUGGACGUUAACUAUGGACACUGCUUAUAUCCCCUCAUAGAAAAAUUCGGGAACCCUCCAAUAAUAGGAGUGAAUCCUUUCAUAAACCAGCCAAACUUGUUUAGAAAUAUUUGGCAAAGUUACAUCCCAUUUAUGACACACUCUUUCGGGGCCCAAAUAAAUCUCUGGCAAAAAUUAAAAAGUUUUUUCUUUAUGUUACUGCUUGAAGUGUCAAGGCUCACACAUUACAUUCCCCGUCAGCAAGAAUUGGCUUAUGAUUAUUUUGGUCCGAUGAAGUCGAGUAUUUUAGAAAUUGAGAAAAAUAUGAGCUUAAUGUUAAUCAAUUACAACCCUGUUUUUAACUACGUUGAAGCUUUGCCCCCGAAUAUGAUUCCAGUUGGUGGUUUACACAUCCAACCGAAGCGAUUACCUGAUGAUUUAAAAGAAAUUCUGGAUAAUGCGAAAUUUGGUGCUAUUUUAUUUUCACUUGGCUCCAAUGUACGGUCCAAGGAAUUAGGCCCCGAACGAAUUCAGGCAAUUAUCAAUACUUUCUCAAAACUCAAACAAACCGUAAUAUGGAAAUUUGAAAACGAUAAACUAGAGGGAAUUCCAGCAAAUGUGCAUAUUCGGAAAUGGGUGCCACAGAACGAUAUUCUCGGUCAUCCCAAUACAAUUCUUUUUAUAUCACAUGGCGGUUUGUUAAGUUCACACGAAAUCAUGUAUAAUGGGGUUCCAGUAAUCGGAAUUCCGUUCUUUUUGGACCAGUUACAAAAUGUUGACACGUUUAUUGCAAAAGGUGUCGGCGAAAAAUUAAGUUUUUUUGAAAUCACAGAACACAAUUUAUUUAAAGUCAUUCAAAAAGUGUUAAACAACAAUACUUAUAUGGAAAACGCAAAAAAGUGGUCCGCGUUGUACAAACAUCAAAUGAACAAACCUUUAGACGUCGCAAUAUUUUGGAUCGAAUACAUUUUAAAAUUUAAGACUGCAGAACACUUCAAUCUAGCUACAAGAAACAUGAAUUUCGUCGAAUCUGCUAAUUUAGAUUUAGUAUUUGUGUCUCUGCUUUCACUUGUGUUAAUCUUACUCACUGUUUACUGUGCCACAUAUCUUAUUUAUAAAUGCAUCAGAAGAAAAGGUAUUGCAAAGGAGUUGGACAUUAAGAAAAAAAUACAAUAAAUGUUGUUGCAACUUCCAAUAAAAAUAGGUACUUUUUUA